GAGGCAUCCAGCUGACGAAAGUUCCAUGGACGGCCAGGUGAUCGAAAGUGCGCACCUCCAGCAAUAAUUCUGUUCAAGGCAGUCUCAUCUCCGUUGCAGAAAAUCCGACGAUGGUGUCUUACAUAGUCCGAGCAGCAACUGAGAGCGACACUCAAGCAAUCCUGGACCUCAUCGUGGAGCUGGCUGAUUAUGAGAAAAUGGCUGAUCAGGUCCGCUUGCGUGUCGAGCAAUUGAAGUGCAGCGGGUUCAGAGCGGACGGCGAGCCCUGGUUUCAUGCCAAAGUGGCGGCGAUCGUGGAUCCGUGCGGCGAAUGUGACAUCGUCGGCUACAGCAUUUACUUUUUCAAGCACGACAUCCUGUCAAACUCCCGAAGCGUCUACAUGGAGGACCUGUACGUCAAACCGGCGUACCGGAACCGAGGGAUCGGCGUCGCUCUCUGGCGUUCAGUCGCAGCCCAUGGUGUGCAGGAGAAGUGCUCAUCCCUACGUUUCGCCGUGCUCUCAUGGAACGAACCGAGCAUCAAAUUCUACAAAAGCCAGGGAGCUUCAGAUAUAACAACCACGAGGGGUGUGCGAGCAUACCGUUUGAAAUUAAGUCAGCCUGAUCAGUCUUCGUCUUGAUAAGGAAUCGCUCCGGUGGGGGAUUCGCGAUCCAGUUCCCCCGGGAGACAAAAAAUAAUGAAAGAGUAAUGUCUGCAAUUGGAAGAUAGAGCCUAGAGUUU